AUGGCCGUGGAGCAACGCGCUGCAAGGCUCAAAGAAUACGCGGCGCAGUACAAACCCGGUCUGCUCACGUGCUUUCCGGGCAGCUUCGCUGCGUACGCGCCCAGAGCCGUGACGAUGAUCGAGAAGCUCGUCAAACGCAGAUGUCCCCCGGAGAUUGCCGAACAGCUUGCGGUCUUGGUGCUUUUCGAUCUGGUGCUUUUGCUUGACGACAGUAGCUCGAUGGACGCCGAGAAUGGUGGCAAACGUGAAGAGACGCUAUUCAGAGUGUUGGGAACGGUCGCGGAUAUCUACCAGCUGGCCCGCGAGGAGGGAAUUGUGGCCAUCCGGUUAUUUAAUACCCGCGAGGGGUGGUCGGAUGUCUCUCGGGAUAAGGUUGAGGAGCUAUACGCCGGCAUUCAUUACUACGGUGUUAGCAUGAUCGGCACACAGCUGCAAGAAAAGAUCCUGGAACCGUUCGUCGAGAACAAAAGGAUGGAGAAGCCUCUAUUGACCAUGGUCAUCAGCGACGGCAAAAUCGAGGGCGAGGGAAAGGGCCUUCUGAAGAGAACCAUAUACAACUGCCUCCUGAGGCUCCAAGCCGGUCACGAGACAACGGAAGACGCCGUCGCUUUCUACUUCGCACGGAUUGGAGGAGAUGCAGGUGCCAAGCAGAUUAUAGAGCUGGAAAACGACGAUGCAAUGAGAUCUUGGGUUAACUGUCUACCGGGUAGGUUCGAAUGGGCUUGGCUUCGGGGAGGUUUUGCUGACCUGUCGAUCGAGUGGAUGCGCGGCUGGAAGAUAUCGGUGGCGGUGAGCUAG